CGGCGCGCUCUCCAUGCGGCCGCCCACCAUGUCUGGGCACUGUCUGCUCGCGCCCAUCCCCGAGUCCUCCUCCGACUACCUCCUGCCCAAGGACAUCAAGCUGGCCGUGCUGGGUGCCGGCCGCGUGGGCAAGAGCGCAAUGAUUGUGCGCUUCCUGACCAAGAGAUUUAUUGGCGAUUAUGAACCGAAUACAGGCAAGUUGUAUUCACGGCUCGUCUACGUAGAGGGAGACCAGCUCUCCUUGCAGAUCCAGGACACCCCGGGGGGCAUCCAGGUCCAAGACAGCCUGACCCAGGUAGGUGAUUCCCUGGCCAAGUGUGUGCAGUGGGCAGAGGGCUUUCUGCUGGUCUACUCCAUCACGGACUAUGACAGCUACCAGUCCAUCCGCCCCCUUUACCAGCACAUCCGGAAGGUCCACCCUGACUCCAAGGCCCCUGUCAUCAUCGUGGGCAACAAGGGGGACCUUCUGCAUGCCCGGCAGGUGCAAACGCAUGAUGGCAUUCAGUUGGCCAAUGAGCUGGGCAGCCUGUUCCUUGAAAUUUCCACCAGCGAAAACUACGAGGACGUCUGUGAUGUGUUUCAGCAUCUCUGUAAAGAAGUGAGCAAGCUGCACAGCCUCAGCGGAGAGAGGAGGAGAGCCUCCAUCAUUCCCCGGCCGCGCUCUCCCAACAUGCAAGACCUCAAGAGGCGCUUCAAGCAGGCUCUGUCUUCCAAAGUCAAAGCCCCCUCUGCACUGGGGUAAACCCAUCUCACACAGACUCGGCUCCUUUUUAUUGUGCAUUUGUGCAGCUGAAAAAGACAGGGGACCUCCCUUUUUAAUUACACAUUCAAAGUUUAUUUUUAUACAAACUGUUGGUUUUCAAGUGUAUGUGUAUUUCUGAAAAUUCAGUGAUUGCCUAGAAGUUGGAGAGGUUUUUUUUUAAAUAAUUUUUUUUUUUUUUUACUGUAACUGCUAGCCACUUUCCCAUUAAAGGCAAAAUGGCAACAUU